AUGGAGCUUAUCGAACCUAGUUCAAAAAAUUCUAUUACUUUGCGAACACACCUCUGCAACACGUGUGGAAAGCUGUUCCUUACCUCGCGCUACCUCACCCUUCACAUCCAACAUGUCCACAUUCGAGAGAAAAAGUAUCACUGCGACGUCUGCGGGAAGGGUUUUGUCCGCAACUACGAGUGCAAAUACCACGUCAAACGGGUCCACGGGGAUGCUGAGAGAACCUUGGUUUGCGAAACGUGCGGAAAAACGUUUGGCCAACUGUCCGGGUUGAGGGCACAUCGGAAAACGCAUUACGACAAGGAUGCCUUCGAGUGUCCCGUUUGCCACGAAUUUACGUCAAACUCGAAGAACAACAUUUCGGCGCAUGUGCGACGGGUGCACGAAGGCAGGAAGAAGGCUGAAAGAAGUGGUCGCGGGAGGCCGCCGGAUGAUGAGAGGAGGCUAGCAAAUAAUACGAGGGGGGAGGAAGGGGCAAGUCAAAGUAAUAGUAAUAGUGGGCAGGGGUAG